GACCGUUCAUGUGACAGAUGGCGAUUGCUUCGACUACGUGAUAGUGGGGGGCGGCGGCGCAGGCUGCGUGCUGGCCAACCGGCUGUCGGAGCAGCCCGGCGUCACCGUGCUGCUUGUCGAGGCGGGCGGUGACCCGCCUAUUGAGGCACAGUGGCCUGCUUUGCAAACUUAUACACUACGGAGUUAUCUGGACUGGAACUACACGACGACGCCGGAUCCGGUGUCGCAGCGCUGCCACAAGCAGCAGUCCGGCAACAUAGUAGCGGGCCGCGUAUUGGGGGGCGGCACCACCCUCAGCUCGCUCUACUACGUGCGCGGUAACCCCCGCGACUACGACACCUGGGCCGACCUGCUCGCCGACCGUAGCUGGAGUUGGGACGCUGUCUAUCCUUACUUCAAAAAAGGUGAACACUUAAAAGACUGCGAAGUCCUGAGCUCCUCGUGCGCUAAAUAUUACGGCACCAGCGGAUACCUAGGCCUCACCAGGGACCCCGAUCCCAAAUCGAGCAGAUAUUUGAACGCCUUUAAGGAAUUAAACUAUUCGACUCCCCUAGAUAUUAAUGGAUGCUCUUUUUCGGGAUUCGUUCAGCAAAUGUUUAUGAUCGCCGACGGCGAACGCCAGAGCACCGCUUACGCUUACCUCAGCCCCAUCAAGGAUCGGGCGAAUCUUCACGUUCUUAAGCACGCGACGGUCUACGAAAUUUUAUUUGAUAGUUCUGACCGGGCCAUCGGAGUGAAGCUGACAAAGGAUAAUAAAAACAUAUCUGUGAGAGCUAGAAAAGAGGUGAUCCUAUCUGCGGGCGCGUUCAACAGCCCACAGCUGCUCAUGCUGUCGGGAAUCGGGCCCAAAGAGCACCUGCAGGAGUUGGGUAUCCGCGUACGCAGCGAUUUGCCUGUAGGCUUUAACUAUCAAAAUCAUGUAUCCGUUUUUGUUCCUUUUAAAAUGGAUUACUCCCAGGCUCCACUGGAGCCGACAGAUCCCCGCCGAAGUCCUCUGUUCACAUCGCUCGUCGGUAGCGUCCCGGCGAUCGGUUCCGAGGAUCGCAUAGAGUACGAAAAUGUCAAUUACAUAGUGCAGCACGACUCUCAGGAUCUAUUACAGUUUUGUGCGUUCUAUCACGGUUACGAAAAUAGAAUUUGUCAAACUUUAUUCGAUGAGAGCCGAGGCAGAGACGUGCUGCUGUCGUGCGCGGUCCUGCUGUACCCUGAGUCCCGCGGCCGCGUGACGCUGCGCAGUGCAGACAUCGCCGAUCCGCCCCUCAUAGACGCGGGCAUACUGCGCGACGAACGAGACUUGGAACGGUACGUGGGUUACAUUGAAAAUACACUCAGGUUACUGAACACUACGUUAUUUAGAAACGUCGAAGCGGAGGUCGUGGACUUAAAAUUGAAAAUGUGCGAGGGGCUCGAGCUGUGGAGCAAGCCGUAUAUUCGUUGUUUCGUUCGUUGCAUAGUAGCCACGCUCCACCACUACGUGGGCACGUGCGCCAUGGGGUCGGUGGUGGACAGCGAGCUACGCGUACGCGGUGUGAGUGGGCUACGCGUGGUGGACGCGAGCGUGAUGCCGCGCAUAGUCGGCGGGCCCACAACUGCAGCCGUCGUUAUGCUCGCCGAGAAAGCCGCCGACAUCAUUAAAUAUGGUCGUCACAUAAACUUAAAUAGUAAUCAGUGUCAACCCCAGGAUUCUUCAUAUCACAAUCACCAAACAAAGAAAGAGUCCGAACCCGAAUACUUCCAAAAUCCACAUCGUAAAACAACAAAACGGUACAAAUAUCCCCAUCAUGAAAAAGAGAUGGAACAUUCUCAGUAUCAGCAAACACAAAAGGAGCUUGUACAUGAAGUGUCUCAAAAUUCCCAUGAGAAAACAAAAAAGGAGUCGGACAUACAGUUUCCUAAAACCCCUGCGAUACAAGACAAAAAGAAGUCGGACAUAUAAGAUUUCAAUAUCCCCAUCAGAGUUAGUGCUAAUGUUCUUUGUAAAGUAAAGCAGAUGUGAAUGAUCCCUAUCCCCCUAUCCCUACCUCACUGUACGUGAGGUCGCCGCACCAGGUUUCCUCCUCCAGAUGGAUGUAUUUGCCAUCAUUUCAGUCAUCACAUCCUUUCUUAUAAUAUCACCUUGGACGCAAUCCCUCUAUCCCUGUCUCCUUUCUAGGACUCGAUGUUGUAAACAUUAGAAUUAAUAAAUUGCUACACAUUCGUUUUAAUAAUAUUUAUCAAAUUAAUUAUGAUGCUUUUUCUUACUUCUUCUUUACUGUUUAUGUAAAAUGUGGCCAAGAUAUUAUGGGGACAUGAGUAAGGCUUUGUCUAGGUAAUCAGACAACUUGGCAUUUCGUGUUACAAAACAAAUUAUAGUUCCGGCCAACAGUUGCACGAAGAUGGGAAUUAGUUCCUUAGUAAACAGGAGGAAUUCGAGAAUUAGUGUACGAGCGAUCCCCAUACCACGCCGCGUCACCACGAUGCUAUUAUACAAUGCCGGUACGCCGGGAAACGGGAAUGUGCGAACGCAGGGAGACAGCAGGCGUGCACUUGAUUCAAAGCUGCACCUUGCAAAAACGAUGCCAAGCGCUUGACUAAGGAGAAAUAAAAAAUUACAACAUCUAUACGUAAGUUGUAGUUGGGAAAAGCCACAGGUUCCGGACAAGAUAAAUAGUCAAGUAAUUAGCGCGAGCGCCAGCCCGCACAUGUAGGCGCGGCUUCGGCACAGCGUAAGAUAAUUGAAACAACAAUAUGUAGGAAGGCAACCUGCAGCUUCACUUAAUUAUACAGCUUAGUUACCGGCGCCGCGCUCGUGUUUACAUCACUUACCAACUUAUACUAUUUCAAUAACUAACGCUCCAAAGAGAUUCCUAUUCAAAGAGUUUUAAACCAACGAAUGGAGAAGUAAGAAGUAGGUGUGUGAUUAGCAUCGGUUAAAAACAAUAGAUAUUUUGUGCAUAUUAUAGUUACAUCCGUUAGAAAGCUACGAUAUCCAUAAUAAAUAUAAAUGCACAGAACGUAGGUAACAAGUGAGACUGUGGACUUAAACCAAAUUACAGUCGUCGCGAAUAGCAACAAACCCGGGUUCCAGUUGCAGUUCAAGAGCUAAUUAUUUAUCUUCGCGUCGCUGUACGCUACAGGCACAGUGCGGGCAAAGUGCAGGCAGAGUCCAAGCUGUAGGCUGUUGGCGUUAAGGUGAGAGACGUCAAGAAUUUCCUUUGUUUACAUAAAAUAUCACCCAAAACCUUUAUUAUUUGUGAUAAAGAAUAUUACGUAUGUUAACUAAGA